AUGCGGCCUGCUUUACAGACACUGGUCGCCAGCCCGUCCAGUAGAGAGUUGCUGAGAUUCCUGGUUGGAAAUGAGGGCGCCGCCAAAUGCUUUGCGCCGGCGAAUUUGGAGUCGCGCAGAGGGAAGAAGAGGAAUCUGUGCCUGAGAAAGUACUCGGGGCUAGCGAUUGCUGCUAGAGAGAGUCAGGGAAUCGAGUUCCAGGCUAAAGAAAUUGAUGGGACUGGCGACACAGACCAGGAACGGUUACAUCCUCAUGUGGCAGUGAGGCCUGGCGGGGUUGUGAACAAACAGAAGGAGCCGGAUUUCAUUUCGACAGCACCGAAUGCACUGCUGGGAACAACUUCAAGACAAGAAGAGAGUUUAUCGAGGGACGGUGCAUUAAGUCACAUUCAAGCAGAACUGUCAAAAUAUAUGGAGCCAAACGGACGGAUUCAUUGGAGAGAGUCAAUGUUUAGUCAUGAACGGCUCGAGUACGAAUCAGAUAUUUCUGUCUUGCCAGACCGAGACAGAAAAAGACUGCUUGAUACUCGCUACAAAACCGACAUCGAGUUGUGGGCUAUGCUUCUGGAAUACAGACAACGAAUACAUGGAAGUGCAGGUGUGCUGAAUUUCUGGCGUGCAAUUCAAGAACGAGCCAUCCAGCUACCUACGAAAGGAUAUCGUGCGGACUCACUGUGGUACGCAUUUCUGUCACUUGGACUCAAGGAUCCUGAUGUCCUAGAUGAGAUCUACCAGUACUCCAAAGAGAGUGGCCUACAUCCCAGUGUGUACCCAUGCAUCGUUGGCCAUUUUCUUGAAGCCCACCAAGGUGAUGCGGCUCUUACAUGGCACAAUCGUCUAAGUGCGAUCCAGAAACCCAAUCAAAUCACAUUUAGAAACAUGUGUCGAAGAGUGAUUAUUAGAGAAGGCGACUUGGGUAAGCUGAAGCAGUUAUAUAAUAUGCUCCCGUACCGAGAUUUGUACCACAAGAUCAUUCCACUCCUAUGCCAGUCUCAGAAGUACAAGUUGGCGAUGCAGUGGCAUUCUUUCCUCUGCAACAAUGGAGACUUUCCGCCAUCAGCGAAACAUGCCGAAACCCUGGUUCACUAUCUGGCUAAUUAUGACCCGCCUUCCGCGAGAAGGGUAACUCAAGACCUUGUGAAAGGUGGAGUUUCUUUUGCAUCCACACUGUCACAAAAGCUUGAAGACAGCUUCAAGAUUUCCAGGGAAUUGAUGAACGUCAUACACGGAGAGACAUUGCACAUUCCAGUCAAGAAAUACAACGAUGAGCUGGGGGCUCGCUGGUUUGCUACUACUUGGAUAUCCUUGGAUGUUGCAAUCAACGCGGUUCAUGCUCUCGGUAUCCAGGAAAUUGGUCCUCUCUCACUUCAAGCAAUAGCACUUCGAGAUCCGGAACCGAAAGCUAUUCUCGCAAGGAUCGAACAGCUCAAAGAAUUGGGCAUCUCUAUUGGAACGUCUCUCUUUUCCCGAGCCGUCAAGACAUUCGCUCGACAUGCCUCACAUGGCAAGCUUGACGUGUUGGAUGGCCUCUUGAACAGUGACCAGCAUCCAGACGAGCUUGAAAACUUCAAGCUUCAAGAAGCUCUUCUUGAGAAGUAUGCGCACGAGGGUGACUGGACGCAAUAUCGCAGGACACUGGAAAUCAGACUUCUCGCUAGUUUCUCUCCACACAUCGACAGGCGGAACAUUGAGCUGAGAAUGAUCACUUCAACCAGUGAACCUGCUGCUGCUCUUCGCGGUCUUGAAGAUAUGCUACUAGAUGGGAUACCAGUGAAGGGACAAACUAUCUCUCUCCUUCUCAGGCACAUACUACCCCCACGUCAGUCAGGGCAUAGACCUAUGACUCUGCGGAACCGCGAUGGCGGAAAUGGAAAGCCUGAUUUGAUGGAGAGCAUUGCUAUGCUGAAGGCAAUAAUGCGAUCUGGAACUUAUGUUCCACCAAAGGCAUGGCACGAGGUCUUUCGACGACUUGGCAUGCUUGGCCAGAUGGGCAAUUUGAGACGUCUAUGUAUAUGGCUUGCAACGCACUACGGACCGCAGAACCACACGUUAACUGAAUCUUGGCUGCGUCGAUACCGUGUUCCGGCCGAGCUCUCGACAUCCCACGGUUUACACCCAGUCCGCAUGCUGUUUCCAGCUAGUCUACAGAAAGCUAUCAUUGAAUGGGGCUUCAUAGCCAGCCGUCCUCAACUCCUUCGUCGCACGCACUCGUCCCGUCUCCUCACCACAUCAACUUCGCUCGCACAAGCAUCAUCAGCCAUAACAUCCGGCAUCUACAUCCUGAAGAAACUCAACAGUCUCGGCGUCCACAUCGAGCGCCGCAGCGUCCGCAAAGCCAUCUUCCACCGCCUCAUCAUGUACUACGGGCCCGGCUACUCUAAUCGCCGCUACAACGAGCAUCAUAGAGGCACCAUCGUCAGCCUUGAAGAAGCAGCGAAGCAGAUUGAUGAGGCGCUUGGGGGAGAGUACUUUACUGCUGUGGAAUUGCAGAAGAUUAUACAGCGGUUGGCGGCUGUCAAGUGGCGGAGGCGGGAGAGGGCGAGUAAGAGGAAGGGUUUGCUUCAGAGUAGGGAUCCGAGGAGUCGUUUGCUGCUGGGGUCUGGUCGGGUCGAUGAAGAUCAAGAUCUACUCUAG